AUGACCGUGUCGUCCAAUAAAGUGCCCAAAAAGAAGCGCCGUACGCUUCGUGAUGCUGAAGAUGAGCUGGCAACCUGUCGAAAUGCACUACAGGAAGCCAAACGCCAACUUGUACUCACGGCCCGAGAAAACGCCAAGAUGAAAGUGCUGCUAAUGAAAUAUAUUGAAAAGGAUGAAUCGCUGGUGUGUUCUAGUCAGCUUACUGAGUCAAGUAGUCAACCUACAACCAGUGUCAUCCAGAACGGUUCGAUCUCUCCUCCUGCUGCCGAGACAGAUACAUCAGCCUUUUUACAGUCUCCACCAGGGUACACAACAACUGAGGAAGAAGAGAGCGAGGAGAGUUUGUGGAACCGUGACUUCCAACCUUGUGGUGACGGGUUCACAGAGCCUAUUAGUCAGCUGAGUCAGAUUAGUCAGGUCAGUCAUUGGAGUGGGUUAAGCUCUACAUCCAACCUGGACGCUAUUAUGAAUUUUCUUGAGACGCAAGGCACGUCGGAGGUCAAACGGUUAGAGACACUACAGGCUGAAUAUACCAAGCCAAAGGAGCAGAAGACUGUAGUUUGUGUGGGUGUCGGAGUGUUGCUCAUGUCGAAGAAACACCCAGAGUGCGUACUGAUUGGGCAACGUAAGGAUUCCCACGGAGAAGGAAAGUUUGCAUUGCCAGGAGGACACUUGGAAAUGUAUGAGAGCUGGGAAGAGUGUGCCAUUCGAGAAGUCAAGGAAGAAACUGACCUGGACUUGAUGGAAGCCCAUUUUGCUACUGUCACGAAUGACCCAAUGGAGGACGAAGGCAAGCACUACAUUACGAUAUUGAUGCAAGCCAUCGUGGAUGAAGCGCAAACUGUCAGAAACAUGGAGCCAAACAAGUGUGAGGGCUGGAGCUGGAUGCCGUGGUCCGAGCUGCGCACACGUGACGAUAUGUUUACGCCGUUGCUCCAUGUAACGCACAGCAAUUUUACCCCGUCGUUUAUCAAACCUUAA